CCGGAGACUCCUCCGCCCCUUUCCCCGAGCAGCUCCGCGCGCUGGGCUCCUGCUCUCUCACGCGACGGCUACUCGAGGGCGCUCGGUCCACAUUCCAGUCGACGGUGCACGUGCGAGGUGACCGUGCGCCGCGCGCGAGGUCUCGUGAUUUAGCAGAUACCAUGCGCUUCGGUACAGGAGCACAGUGGAGAAAAUGCAGCGCACGCGACAUGGUCCAGCAUGCCAUGAAGUGAAGAAGAGGCGCACUUCAGCAGACCAGUUCUGAGGCCCCGGUGUACAGUCCAUAAAUCUCCCUCAUCACCCCCACACGCUCUCGUGUAUCCCUCCACCAGCCCAGCGGCAACGGAUGAAAAUGACCACGCAGAGGAGGCACUUAGUCAAGGAGUUCAACCACUUCAUCACCUGCUACAUGUGUAAAGGAUACCUGAUCAAGCCCACCACCGUAACCGAGUGCCUGCACACCUUUUGUAAAAGUUGCAUCGUCCAGCAUUUUGAAGACAGCAACGAGUGUCCUAAAUGCGGCAUCCAAGUCCAUGAAACAAAUCCACUUGAAAUGUUAAGGUUGGACAACACUUUAGAAGAAAUCAUAUUCAAGCUUGUGCCUGGCCUCCGAGAAAAGGAACAACAACAGGAGAUUGAAUUCUGGAAAAAGAACAAGUCAAAAGAAAACUGUGACGAUGAUGGCCCCCUGUGUAAGAAGGUGAAGGUGGCCGACGAGAACAGUGACGUGGGCGAUGGAGACUACCACAGGGGCGACCCACAGAUAGCCAUCUGCUUAGACUGUCUGCGCAACAACGGCCAGCUGGGAGAGAACAUCGUGAAGGGCUUAAUGAAGAAAUUUAUCCGCUGCUCCACUCGAGUCACUGUUGGAACAAUCAAAAAGUUCUUAAGUCUGAAGUUAAAGCUUCCAAGCUCUUAUGAGCUAGAUGUUCUAUGCAAUGGUGAAAUCAUGGGAAAAGAUCACACCAUGGAAUUCAUCUACAUGACAAGAUGGAGGCUUCGUGCUGAAAACGUCUAUCCAAUGGUACUUGAAUAUCGGCCCCGGAUCGACUUUGGCUAGACAGACUCCUGCACCCUCCUAGCCCGUUACAGGUGGAGCAGUGAAUGGACGUGACUCACAGGAGCAGCACCACCACAUCACUGUUCACCCUUAAUCUCUCAUUUGAGGUCUUUCUUUCAUGUAUCCUUAAUCCCACCCUCUUCUUGAACUUUCUUAGCCCUUAAAUGUCCAGCCACAGCAGGGACCAUAAGUGUUUGGACGCUUGGUGACUCCUGCCUCAGUCUAGUCUGCGGGUAUGAUGCUUGUUCGCCAUUGGUCUCUCGUUCCGUUUCGUGGUUCGUCGGCAGGACUGAUGACAUGCGGAGUGGUCGGGUCAGGGGCCCGAGGAAAUUCACACGCCACAGGAGAACUGAACUCUUAAGUGCAUUCAACUGUCACGUCAACUUCAACUGUCCUUAUAGUAGUGCCUUUUCCCACACAUUCUGUUUUGGCGACGUUAGUGGUUUUUGUACAGAUACUUAACAUUUGAGCUUUGUUCAUAGCCAGUAAGAAAACACAGUAAGUGUCUUAUGAGCCCUCAACAUGUUCUAUUUUGAUUAAAAUCAGUUAAUUCUGUCAAUAUCGUUCUCAUAUCACAUUGUCUAGAAAGCUGCUACUCUAGGAGACCCAUAAAGGACGAGUCUACAGUGUCUACUGGGCUUUGGUCCAACAAUACCUUUGGAACAAAAAAGUAAACCAAGUUAGCAGUGAUGAAGAAUGUACUUAAAGCUUUCAUUAAAGUAGAAGUAACCUCAUCAAA